AUGGAGAACAGUGAACAGGCAAACAGCCCAGAGGGUGCGUCGAGGGUGUCAACACGAACCUCAGGUCGGGUGCUCUCCAGAGACUACGCCGAGCAAACCCUAUCGAGGUCGCCGUCCCAGCAUCAAUCUCGUUCUAGGUAUCCCGACUUCAACUUUGGCCCGGCUUCACUGCGUCAUCGCAUCAGUAGCCUUCAAACAAGUCCGAACCCAAGUCCUGGUCCAGCACGAACUUGGGGGAGAGAUUAUGCGGAUUCCAGCAGAAGAUCUGUUGUCAUUGCUGCGCCUUCAGCGAGAGGAGAUGCCACCGAUACUGCGUCCCGAAAAUUCUCCCUCGCUGGCCCACCUCCUCUGGAUACCUUGGCCGCCAACCAACCGUACAUUGACCCAGGAUACACACAACUCAAUCCGGCAUAUGAUCAACCAACAAAUGUCAGACCCGUGUGGGGACUUGCUAAACCGUUGCCUCGUGUGCUGAGACCAGGCAUGGUUCCAGCGAAGGACGAGCUUGAGAAAGAAGUCCAAGACGAAGAAAGAGAAGCACAACAGCCGCUGAUGGCAGAUAUCGAAGCCGGCAGGAUUGAACCCUCCCUAAGGCCAGACAAGGUGUCUUCGCAAUUGGACACUAUCCGACGCGAGAGAGAAAUAUCCCUGUAUCGAGCCUAUCAAAACCAGUACCAAGAGUCACCGGCAUUUUCACCCUUUGGUGCCGCCAGAAGAACUUCAGACGCACUGACCGAAACACCGCACACGUGGAUUCGACCAGAAGAUACAAUCGAGGAAGAAGCAGGCUCCGAGUCUCAACAGGCGGAACAGAUUGAACCACCAGAGCUGUCACUACCCGAAGCAGUGGCAAAUGUGAAGCGAGCAAAGGAGGAGGAAGAGGAAUGGAAAGACGACCCCUACGAGGAUGCAGUUCCGUUGGCAGCGUAUCAGGCCGAAGAUGAAGAAAUCCACAAUCUGCACACAUACUGGUCCAUUAUUCGGCUGCGUUUUCGAGAACCGUUGGCCGAGCUACUAGGAAUCACGGUUCAAUACACACUUGGUUUCAGCGCCAAUCUGUCAAUGACUGUCUCGCGCGGAGCAGCCGGCGUCAAUGAUACGGGAACCUGGGCAUGGGGUUUCGCGACCAUGUUAGCCAUCUACAUCGCGGGCGGGAUAUCCGGCGCUCAUCUGAACCCUGCGAUAUCACUAAUGCUCUACAUCUACCGUGGAUUUCCGUUGCGCAAAAUCCCCGUCUACGUCGCAGCACAGAUGCUCGGCGCUUUUCUGGCGGCUUUGGUUGCCUUUGGCAUUGGUUCGACUUCAGUCUUUCCAGUGGCGUCGCCGAUGUCAACAGUAGUAUUAUCUAACUUCCUCACCUUCCCCCGCGCUGCCUGGGUUGAUAGCGGCACGGCAUAUCUUGCCGAACUUGCGGGCACCACCAUCCUAACUAUCUCGGUUCUCGCCCUCGGUGACGACACCAAUGCUCCUCCUGGGGCCGGGAUGAACGCCUUUAUAGUCGGCUUGCUAGUUACUGUCCUUGGCAUGGCAUUUGGAUAUAUCACCGGUCUAGCCAUGAACCCAGCACGCGACUUUGGCCCCCGCCUUGCAAUGCUCGUUCUCGGCCACGGCAACUUCAAAACCCUCUUCGCGGACGGCUAUUGGUUCAAAGUCGCAUGGUUAGGGCCCAUAAGCGGUGCUAUUCUGGGGGGCCUCCUUUACGACGCAGCUAUCUUCGUUGGGGGCGAAAGUCCCGUGAAUUAUCCCACGAGGCGGAUCCGACGGGCUGCGCGGAAGUGGAGGAAGCGAUGGAGAGCGAGGAUGAACUUUCGACGCACAAGACGGUGA